AUGGUAGAAGGCAAGUCGCUGCUGGUACCAGAUUUGACUCCGAGCGCCGUGUGCAAGGGCUGCCACCUGCGCAUCCGUGACAAGUACCUGCUCCGCGUGCAUGACGGCCUCUGGCAUGAAAGCUGCGUUCAGUGUGUUACUUGCCGCGAGCCCCUCACGCACUCCUGCUUUCUGCGAGACAACAAACUUUACUGCAGGCGCGACUACACUAAGCUGUUUGCGGUGCGCUGUAAGGGCUGUGAGGAGGUGAUCAGCCCCGCUGAGCUGGUGAUGCUGGCGGGGAAGGCGGUGUACCACCUGGCCUGCUUCCGGUGCAGCGCGUGUGGGCUGAGCCUGCAGAGAGGGGACCAGUGUGUGCUGAGGGAGGGCAGGCUGCUCUGCGUCGCCGACUACCACCACCAGAGGCCCGCCAGUCCGGAGAGCAGCCUCUCAGGUAAAAGUGAGGAUGACGAAGAUGACGAGGAGGAGGAGGAGGAUGAGGACAGCAGCAGUAAGGCCACCAGUGAGCAGAAUAGGAGUGGCAGCCUGGACCACAAACGGCCCAAACGGCCCCGCACCAUCCUGACCACUCAGCAGAGGCGAGCCUUUAAGGCCUCCUUCGAGGUGUCCUCCAAACCCUGCAGAAAGGUCAGAGAAACGUUGGCAGCAGAGACCGGCCUGAGUGUGCGAGUCGUCCAGGUUUGGUUCCAAAACCAAAGAGCCAAGAUGAAGAAACUGGCCCGUCGACAGCAGCAGCAGCAGCAGCAGCAGCUGUCCCCACAGGACACACACGACGGACCAGGAUUACACACAGUGCCCCCCUGUGGAAUGACCUCUGACCUGGAAGGACUGGCCUCUUUCUCCUCCCUGCCCCCGCAGCAGACUAUCGCCAUGGAGACACAGGGCUUUAAAAUGGACCACUUCAGACAGGGGCUUACUCCCCCACAGAUGCCAGGAGACCACAUGCAUCCCUAUGGCUGUGAGCCCCUUUACUCAGAGAUGGACGGAGACUCCCUUUGUCACCUAGGCGACUGUCUGUCAUCAAGUGACCCCACCCUCUUAACGCCCAUCGACCGUCUGUAUUCCAUGCAGGAAUCCUACUUCACUUCUUGA